AAAAAAGAAAGUUAUUCAAGCUUUGUUAUUAUGAUUAUUUAUUUAUUUUUAUGAAAAAAAAAGUCAAAUAUGAAAAAAUUAAAGUGAUGCAGCAGCAGCUUACACGAGGAACAGAGCAUGUGGAAGCAGAACAACCAUAUCUAUUACAAUGUCACACAUUGCUUUAACCGCAUCAGCCACAGCCACCGUCUUGGCGUUUCACCGGACGAAACCAUGGACCGCGCUAUCCCCGAGUCGCUGGAGCAAUAGAGGAAUCAAUCCGUCAAUAUUCGCAAGCUCUCCCGGGAAACGGUUGCAAUUGCGGUUUUCCGCUACGGGGGAAAUUGGCGGCAAUGGAGCUGGCGCGGCGGAGUUAUCGGAAUCGGAAAAGGCGCGCGCGAAUAUUUUUGUGUGGCCUGAUAACAAGAGGCCUAGAGUGUGCAUAUUGGGUGGUGGAUUUGGUGGUUUAUAUACUGCUUUAAGGUUGGAAUCACUUGAAUGGCCUGAAGAUAAAAAACCACAGAUUGCUCUUGUGGACCAGUCUGAACGCUUUGUUUUCAAGCCAAUGUUGUAUGAGCUGCUAUCUGGUGAAGUAGAUGAAUGGGAGAUAGCUCCGCGUUUCUCAGAUUUGCUGGCAAACACUAGUGUGCGGUUUUUGAAAGACAGAGUAAAACUUUUGCAUCCCUCUGAUCAUGGGGGAAUGAAUGGAUCCAAAGCAUCUACUAGCGGAGGAACCGUUCAUCUUGAAAGUGGCCUUCAUAUAGAAUAUGACUGGCUGGUUCUUGCAUUGGGAGCUGAAGCUAAACUGGAUGUUGUACCAGGAGCAGCAGAGUUUGCAAUUCCUUUCUCAACUCUAGAGGAUGCGCGCAAAGUUAACAAUAGAUUAACAACCCUAGAGAGAAAGACCUUUGGUAAGGACCUCCAAGUUAGUGUGGCCAUUGUUGGUUGUGGUUAUUCUGGAGUUGAAUUAGCUGCAACAGUGGCAGAGCGAUUGCAGAAUAGAGGAAUUGUGAGAGCAAUUAAUGUUGACACAAUGAUCUGCCCAAGUGCCCCCCCUGGCAAUAGGGAAGCUGCAAUGAAGGUUCUAUCCUCUAGAAAGGUUGAACUUUUAUUGGGUUAUUUUGUUCGCGGAAUUCGGAGGGUCAGUGAAUCCGAGUCUUCAGAUACCCUGACAAAGGUAGAUGAAAAUAGCAUUGGCACAGUGCAUGAUUCUGAGAAAUAUAUAUUGGACCUGCAACCUGCUGAAAGGGGAGCGCAAAGUAAAAUCAUUGAAGCAGAUCUGGUACUGUGGACUGUUGGAUCCAAACCUCCUCUUCCUCAACUAGAAUCAUCAGAUGUAUCAUUUGUCAUUCCACUUAAUGCCAGGGGACAAACUGAAACAGAUGAAACUCUCCGUGUUAAGGGUCAUCCACGGAUAUUUGCUCUUGGUGACUCUUCUGCGUUAAGGGAUUCAAAUGGAAGGAUCCUUCCAGCCACUGCACAGGUUGCGUUUCAGCAAGCAGACUUUACUGGCUGGAAUUUAUGGGCUGCUAUCAAUGGGCGUCCGCUUUUGCCAUUUAGGUUUCAAAAUCUUGGUGAGAUGAUGACCCUGGGAAGAAAUGAUGCUGCCAUUUCUCCAAGUUUUUUUGAGGGGCUAACCUUGGAAGGCCCUAUUGGUCAUACUGGUAGGUUGGUCUCAUUCUAUAUUAUUCAUUUCAUUAUGCUCGGUCAUACUGCGAGGAAGAUAGCUUAUUUGAUCAGGCUACCAACAGAUGAACAUAAGCUUAAAGUGGGAAUCAGCUGGUUUACAAAGUCUGCUAUUGAUUCAGUGGCAUCGCUACAAGGUACCUUAUCCAAGGUCCUUUCGGGCUCAUAGCUCCUUCAGACUUGUGUGUAUAUAUAGCAUGGCUAAGCAUUUUUAUGCUGGGUCUACAGAAUUUAUCAGCAAUGGCUUUUGUUCCUUGUAUUACAGAGAACUAUAUGUAACAUGGAUAUCAUGGAUCAAACUAUAAAAAAUAAAAAAUACGAGAUUCGCCACACCAAUUAUAAAUUAAUAGUAUGUUUGGAUCAAUUCUUCUCAAUCAAAAUUAAUUUAGAAAUUAUGCAUAAAAGUUUCUUUCCAAAAUUGAUUUUGGCUUCAAUAUCAAUUGUAAAAGGAUUUUCUGAUAUGAACUGAAAGAAAUUGGAAGGAUUUGUCUUAUUCAAGUUUCCAACUCUCUAUAGCUGUGAAUUUUUUUGAUGGAUGUCUAUGGCAUUGUACCAUUGGACAUUUCUAAAAUGAAAAUCUAGCUUUUAUAGCGUGUGGGAUUGAAGGUUAGGAAAAGCUGCUUUCAAUCAUAACUGUAGACGGAUGGCAAUGGCCCAUGGUCUAAGUCCGCUUCAGUGCUAUCUUUUUCGUAAGGUCUAGAGACUAGAGUACCUGCGAAUUAUUAAUUUGGCGGCUUGGAAUUAUUAAUGUGCUAUUAAUAUAGGGUCCCUUAAUAUAGCGUGGAUGAACAAAAUACAUAAUAUUUCAUAUCAAUGUGACCUCAAGGCUAUUCAUUCAGAUGUCUACCUCCAACUUAAUUGACUUGGGGCUGUGUACCCUCCACCAAGCUGACCUACAUCUAUACUAGAUACAAAGCACAAGCCCUUAAGGAUGACAAAAAUCCGAGGUGUCACUCUCUAAGCAGCUGUCCACGUGUCAUAUUCUCAUACGGUUUUAUAUGGAAGUCCUUUAGUCUUCAGUUUAGCAGAACCAGUUUGUGCCGAUUUCCCCAUUGCGUUGGCCACAGAUUUGAUAUGCUCAAUGUCAAUUACGGGUCUCGCACAAAUCAAAUCAGAGUUUCUUGUGCUCUCUUAUCUCCUGUUUUGUAUAAAUUCAGUCCAAGUCAAGCGUAUCAACCACACUCAUUCACAAACAAAGCAGUUCACAAAUCGACUUCCACCACCACUGAAACCCCCAACCUCUCCUUCGUCGCGAAGGACCUCGACGUCGCUAAAUGGAAGGGCGACCUUCUUGCCGUCGCCGUCACGGAGAACGACGUCGCCAGAAACAGCGACUCGCCAUUCGAGAACCACAUCCUCAACUCGCUCGACUCCAAACUGAACGGUCUCUUGGCUGAAGCCUCUUCCGAAGAGGAUUUCACCGGAAAAUCCGGCCAGUCCACGGUUCUCAGAAACGCCGCCGGGCUUGGAUCUAAGAGACUAGCCUUGGUUGGUCUCGGCAAGUCCGCUUCUGGUUCUGCUCCGUUUAAAAGCCUCGACCGGGCAGUUGCCGCCGCUGCUAAGUCCGCUCAGGCCGCACAUGUCGCUGUUGUUCUCGCCUCUUCUCAAGGAUUCUCUGCUUAGUCCAAGCUUAGCACCGCCUCUGCUAUUGCUUAUGGUCAAGCAAAUGUUAAUUGCACUUCUUUGUGAGUCUGGAAUGAAGUUGGCAAAUGAGGUGAUAGAAACAAUUAUUGACAAGGACUAAUUGAGACCACUUGCUCAUAAUCAAGUGUGAUCUUCGUCCUAGAUAUUUCGGACUGCUUGACAUAAAAUUAAUGGACAAAUCGCCUUCUAACAUGUACAAGUCAUUUCUAAGGCUUGAAGUGGAUCUGAUGGAAGUGGCAAGAUAACACAAAGUGAAAUCAGAAGUAUAAUAGAUUUGGGGCAGGAGUCAUGUUUGAUAUGUCCCUUCGAUGUGUUUGUAGAAGCUUUAUAAUGGUGUGGGACUGAAUGAACGAUCUCCAGAACAAAUGGGAAUGAUAACAAUGUUGCAGUAGAAGGUGCAAAGGAGAUAGAGCAGAAAGCCAGAAACUGAUUCAUGGGCAACUAGGGAUUCUGCUGUGUGAUUUCCAACAAGCGAAUAUUGUGAUUUAUGAUGGAAGAAUUGAAAGUGGAGUUGGAGAGGAUAGCAGGUUACGAAACACAAUGUGGUGAUAUCCAAGAAAGAGUUGAUAUAUAACAGUGCAGCUUGAUGA